GUUUAAAGAUGACUGGAAGCCAUCUUACACACUCGCUUUACACCCCUAAAUAUAUGUCAGAGCUCUACACCGAUAAUUCACAAACACGCAGAAAGAUAUUCUCAGCCACAUUAGGUGGAAAAUAGUUGAUGUUGACUAAUUUGAGAGAAAGGAAUGGACAGAAUCAUUGAAAAGACUAACACUGGCUUCCUGGCCCCUGGUCUGUGAAACUUUCCUUUUGCAGAGGAAAGAUUCACUCAUUCAUGGAAGGAUAAUUGAAGCUAAUCUCCCUGCUUAUAAUAUCUGUGACCUGUUGCUUGAGUGACAUUCAUAUUGAGAUGUUCCACAAGAGACUUGCAUAUUGAGGAACAAAGAACUAGUAAAAAUAUUGCUUUAACUUUUUUUUUUUCGUGUGCUUUGGACACUGCGAAAGCUGUGGGAAGGACAACUUGUGAAUUGUUUUGCAAGCCCAUCAAGAUAGUGUUAUCUCCACUGUUGUUUGUCACUCGCUGUUUGGAGGAUAGACUAUUUUAGUCAUGAGUACAGCCAGAAUGGAGAAUCCAGUGAUUCUGGGACUAUCGAAUCAGAAUGGCCAAAUGCGAGGCUCUGUAAAGCCAGCAGGGGGUCCUGGAGGAGGUGGAGGGGGGUCCCAAACAAUGCAGCCUGCCCAGGUCAAAGCCUCCAGCACAGUUAACAAUGGCAACUCCCAGCCUGCACCCACAGCCAACACUAUCAUCAAGCCUGGGGAUGACUGGAAGAAGAAUCUAAAGCUUCCUCCGAAGGAUUUGCGCAUGAGAACUUCAGAUGUGACGGCGACCAAGGGAAAUGAGUUUGAGGAUUACUGCUUGAAACGGGAGCUGCUUAUGGGCAUCUUUGAAAUGGGCUGGGAGAAACCGUCACCUAUACAGGAGGAGAGCAUUCCCAUUGCGUUGUCUGGGAGGGACAUUCUAGCCAGAGCCAAGAACGGCACAGGAAAAAGUGGCGCCUACCUCAUUCCCUUACUUGAACGCAUUGACCUGAAGAAAGACAGCAUACAAGCGUUGGUCAUUGUGCCCACUAGAGAACUGGCUCUACAAGUCAGCCAGAUCUGUAUCCAGGUCAGCAAACACAUGGGCGGGGUCAAGGUUAUGGCAACUACAGGUGGAACCAACCUUCGUGAUGACAUCAUGAGACUUGACGAAACAGUGCAUGUUGUCAUUGCCACUCCAGGAAGAAUUUUAGACCUCAUCAAAAAGGGAGUGGCCAAAGUCAAUCAAGUACAGAUGGUCGUAUUGGAUGAGGCAGAUAAGCUCCUGUCGCAGGACUUUGUACAGAUGAUGGAGGAGAUGCUGAGCUCUUUGCCUAAACAAAGGCAAAUUUUGCUGUACUCUGCCACCUUCCCACUAAGUGUGCAAAAGUUCAUGAACACCCAUCUGCAGAAGCCCUAUGAGAUAAACCUGAUGGAGGAGCUGACCCUGAAGGGGGUUACUCAGUAUUACGCCUAUGUGACUGAAAGGCAGAAAGUCCAUUGCCUUAAUACUCUGUUCUCCAGGCUCCAGAUCAAUCAGUCUAUAAUCUUCUGCAAUUCAUCCCAGCGAGUGGAGCUCCUGGCCAAGAAGAUUUCGCAGCUUGGAUACUCCUGUUUCUACAUUCACGCCAAGAUGAGACAGGAACACAGAAACCGUGUGUUCCAUGAUUUCAGAAAUGGCUUAUGUCGAAAUCUCGUCUGCACUGAUCUCUUCACAAGAGGAAUUGAUAUACAAGCUGUGAAUGUGGUGAUCAACUUCGAUUUCCCCAAACUUGGGGAGACGUACCUCCAUCGCAUUGGCAGAUCAGGCCGAUUUGGACACUUGGGUCUCGCCAUUAACUUGAUCACUUAUGAUGACCGCUUUAACCUGAAAGGUAUUGAAGAACAGCUGGGUACUGAAAUCAAGCCCAUUCCCAGCAGUAUUGACAAGAGUCUAUAUGUGGCCGAGUACCAUAGUGAGAGUGGGGAGGAGGUUAAACUGUGAGCAGAAGAGAUCACCAAUCCUUUGUCCCCUAUCCCCACCUUUUUUCCUUCUCUACUGUGUAUAGGGAAUAGGGGAUUUUUUUUUUUUUUUUUUUUAAAUUAUAUCUUCCGUCUGUCUUCCUCUUCCCCUACUUUUUUUUCUUUUUUCUGUCUGGUGCCACCACAAGGAAUGUGAUGUCGUAACGGCCCAAUAAUCGGGAAGGACUCAUGGCCUAAUAAAGGACUGCUGCACCGAAACUUUCAUCCUGAAGACUUCAAAUCACUUGAGGAGGGAAAGAGGGGACAUGAGGAUUUAUCUCCUAAGAAAAGACUACUACUUGCCUGCAAGCACAUUCUCACCCCACUCUCUCUGUCCCUCUGCACAUCUUCAUGUUUCUAGUCAUUUGAAACAAGUGCCUUAACAAGCAGUCUAACUUGUUCAAAAAGUAAUAACCUGAUAUGAUUUUUUUUUUUUUUUUUUUUUUUUUUCUCUCCCUUCAUAACUCUUAAUUUUAAGACAUGAUCUUGAUUUUUCUAUGGCUUUUGGUAUUGCUUGUCUGCCCCUUCCUGUUUCACAUCAGAAGAAUAAUUUUGCAUUUGCCACCUGUAGACUUUUGGGGCGAUGAAGAACAGGAUUUCACAGCGGGAGAGAGGAUGGGGGUGGCAUGUGCGAUUUGUGCAGUCUCUGGCGUACUUGACUAUGGUGUGAAGAGAAGCCCCCCGGAGAACUGAGAUGAUAUCAGUGAGCAUGAUGACAAUGAUAGAAGCUAAUGUUCUUGUGGCAAGCUUUCAGAAGUCCCACAAGGCCCUCAAUGGCUCCCCCCCCCUUCAUCCACUCAUGGAACAUGCCAUGCCUCUAGAGACCCAAAACUCUUUCCCCCUCUGUCUUCAGUGGGCCAACACUAAGAGACUUGACCAGACUCAGACCAGCCUUUCUCCUUGGCCAUGAGGACUCCUGCUUUGAGACGAAUGUGGAUUUAUUUCUUUUUAUUUUUUAUUUUUUUCCCUUUCCCAUAGUUUCUUUUUCUUCAUCCUUUUUUCCUCCUGAUUUCAGUGCAGUUUUGCAUUCUUAUUGGGUAGGCACUCUGUCCUAAAUGUGCCAUUUAUACAGAUCUGGCACAUUGUAAACAUUUUGUAAAUACUUCAUUUAUUUUUUUUAAAUGGAUUGUUUUAAAACAAGCUAAAAAGGCUGGAUGACCAUUUGAAAAGAAUUUUGGAAAGAUCUUUUAAAAUCAGGAUUCUGUCAGCACUGGACGGCACUAUUUUGUUUGCUUAUGCCAUUAUUUUCGCCCAUGGGAAUUAAGUUUAGCCGAGUUUAAACCUUUCCAGGUAGUGCGCCACCUUUUUGUUAUAACAAAUAAAAAAAAAUUGGGCUCCCACAUUUUCUUUUUAAAUCCAAAAACACUGUUCAAAUGUUUUGAGUCUAAGCUUCUAAGUGUUUCAGCAGGUGGUGCACUUGUUCACUAAAUUGACUCGCAUCCAUUACCCAGUGUUGACAAGUUCCUGACGUGGGUUGCUCAAAUAAAUGGCCUCAUUUUAGGGUUGAGAAAACAUGAGGCUUAUUUGCUUUCCAGCCUUUUGCUUGUAACACUGACUUAUGAGGCACUCAGCAGGGUCCCCUAACUCGGGUGACUCUAAUCAUAGAGGUAAUUUAAUAUUUUCAUCAUGUAAUAGUGCUACUCGCUGCAGUGCAGCUCAAAUUGGCAAUGUGCAAAAAUGUUGAAUUUCUAAGCGAGAUGUGUAGCUGUUACAUGGGUUUGUGUUCACUGGCACUAGGACAUGAUGACUUUAAACAGGCCGUUUGGGGUGGGAGGAUUGAAAGGAACUUUGUUCCCAUUGGAAAAAGGAAAAUGGACAAAAAAAAAAUAACAACUGGAUGCCAAGACUUCUAAACGAUGGACUGACAUAAUGUAGCGGCAGAGAUAUGCAGUGCAUCGUGAGUCAGCAGGCUUUUCUUUUUUGUAACAAGACCGUGUUCUUAAGAUGCUGCACAGAUUUAACAGAAGAAUCUAAACCUUUUGCAGUGUGGGCUGCUCUUAAGUUUGAACUUUAGUUCAAGGGUUGGGCAAUAAUACAGCCUGCACACAUGCUGGGAGCACUUCCUCGGUUAGGGAAGAGGUGUUUAGACUGAAGGUGAGUUUUGUUUUUUUGUUUUGAGGAAGUAUUGUGGCAGGGACAAGGGUAUUUAAGAUUGGGUAUGGGUAUUUCAUGGGUGCUGAUAACCAAAUGAGUUUUUUUUUUUUUUUUUUUUUUUUUUUUUUUUUUUUUUUUUUUUUUUUUUGCAGCGGAAUAUUUAUCCCCCUCCCCCCCAAACACUAAUAGCCUUUAAAGAUUUUUGAGUGAAUUAUUAUUAUUAUUAUUAUUAUUAUUAUGAUUAUGAUUAUGAUUAUGAUGAUGAUGAUUAUUUUCUGGGGAUUGACAGAGGCUUGCUUGAGACACUUUAGCCCUUCUGCUGCUUUUUGAAUAAGUUUUGUGUUUUGACUCGUGACAUUUUGAGGGUUGUAACUUUAUGGGGUGGGCUGGAGGUUGGGAGGGAUACAAUUUUUCUUUUUUUGAUUAUUGGCACAAUUUACUUUGAUUUUUACGUUGGAGUUUAACAUCACCAACGUCCCCAUUAGAAAGUCAAAUACAGGUGAGAUGUUUUUUCUUUUAACUAAAUGGAUUUGCUUUGUCUACUGCGGAGUGUUGCUAUUAUUUUUCCUGAGACAAUUAAGCAAGUUUGAUCUAACUGUGGUUAGUUACCAAAUUAUGAGCAAAAAUUAUUCGCCCCAUAUUCCAGCACUUGCAACCUUUUCCCAGUGACAUUGCUUGAAUCCAAGUUUGUAUUCUCUUCUCUAUAGCACAUACCCCCAGUGUGCACAUGAAUGGUUCACCAGGCUAAUCAGCUUUGGUUUCUUUUGGGGGCUUUUUAAACAGAUCAGCUCUAGAGAGGAGUAUAUGAGUUACUGGGCUCUUUGGCAGCAGCCCGGUGUUUUUCAGUAACCACUUGCCGUGAAAAUCACUGUUCAUUCCUGAGGUGCUGUAAAGCAGCACAUGAUUGGAUGUGCUGUGGUCUUUGCCAUGGUGGUUGGGGUUUUGAUUUUAUUUUUUGUUUUCCUUUUAUUUAGAAGAAUAGGGUGGAGAACAUCUCACCUGUUUGAUAGUUAUCUGAAGCAUACAAAAAUUGCCACCUGGAAAUCCACUCUUUCUUCUAUAUAAUUUUUUUUUUUUUUUUUUUUUUUUUGGGGUGGGUGGGAAUAGGUUUUUGCUGCCCUGAUGUAUCUUUUCCUAUUCCAAUACUUUAUUGAUCUGUGCUGCAUUUCUCAAAAGCGUCGUGAGCUAAGUUGAUCGUAGAGAUCAUUGGUAUCAAUGGUUCUACGAUCUACUUGGGCUUGCAACGUUUUUGGGAAAUGCAGCCCUGUUCAGUGUUAGGGGUACUUGGAUACAUCAGUCUGGGUUAGUGGGUGGGAGGGAAAUGGAGAGAAUUGGUUUCAAAAUUUCAAAUGAACAAUUUGGGAGUUCAGGGUAAGGAAAAUUUGAUCUCUAAACUUUGCCCUUAAAUUUGAAAUUUUUUUUUUUUUUUUUUUUUUUUUUUCUUAACUUUUGGAUACUGCAGAUUAAAAUGACAAACCAAAUUUAAGAAAUCCAAAGGUUUUUUUUUUUUUUUUUUUUUUUUUGGUCCAACUUUUCAAUUUGGGUAAUUUCAAUUGGCAUUUUUUUCUCAGUGAUGCUACAUUUUUAAAGAUUUGAGAUGUGUAAAAGUGCAAUGGUUAACAUCUGUGAUGGUUUUUGUUUGAAAAAUAAAGCUCACUGAAGUUC